AUGGAGCUCUGCGCCAACGAGCCCGUGGUGGGCGCGCCGCCCGCGCGCAGCGACAACUCGACCUGGAGCUUCGUGCAGAUGAACAUGACGCUGCUGCCCAUUGCGCGGCCGCUGCCGGUCAGCGUCUCCCACAGGUUCCAAGAGGGCGCGGCGCUGGCCGGCGUCAAGCCCUGCACCCCCACGCAGAAACUGCACCACCGACUACGUCAACACACCAGCAACAUUAGUCCGAGACGACACGACGUCGACUGCAACACUCCACGAAGUGAUAGUGGAUACUCCAGCGACCCGGCGAGGCAAACUCCGUUAGGCUACAGCCCGCUGCACCGCAGCGCCAGUUUGUCCUCGGGCUGUGUCGCCAAGGGGCUCUACAAGGGCAAACGCAUCCUGGAGCUACAGGACGAAGAUCGCCGACUGCACCCGGACGAUCGCAUCACGGCCCCGUCGCCGUCCAAGCGGAGCAAACACCAACCAUAG